AUGGCGCACAUCUACGACCUCGCGCCCCAAGUGGUAUCUCCCUACACGAACGGGCGUAAAACCUCCGACCAAGUCCAAUACCCAUCGACGGGUGUAUUUCAAGGCUUCAACAAACCCUCUCGACUCGAAGGCGAUAUCUUCGAUCUUGAGUUCGACGGCGUCAUCCCGCCCGAGAUUAAUGGAACGUUUUACCGUAUCCAGCCGGACCAUAGGUUCCCGCCCAUCUUCGAGGAUGAUAUCCAUUUCAACGGAGACGGCAGCGUGACUGCAAUCAGAAUCCAGGACGGACACGCUGAUUUCAAGCAGCGGUAUGUGCGAACGGAUCGGUAUAGAGCCGAGACCAAGGCGCGGAGGGCCCUGUUUGGACGGUAUAGGAACCCUUACACAGACAACGAAACGGUGAAAGGUGUGAUUCGUACUGCGGCCAAUACCAAUAUCACGUUCUGGCGAGGUGUACUAUUGGCAUCGAAAGAAGAUGGGCCACCAUUCAUCAUGGACCCCGUCACAUUGGAGACGAUCGGACGCUACGACUUUGACGGACAGAUUCUCACCCCCACAUUCACAGCGCAUCCGAAAUUUGACCCAGAUACGGGAGAGAUGCUGUGUUUCGCAUAUGAAGCCGGCGGGAACGGCCAUGACGGGUCAAACGAUAUUGUAGUCUGGACGAUCGAUAAGGACGGCAGGAAGACAGAAGAAACCUGGUACAAAGCGCCGUUUUGUGGGAUGAUUCACGAUUGUGGUAUCAGUAAGAACUACCUUGUCUUGCCCUUGACGCCGGUCAAGUGGACGUCAAUAGAAAGAUUGAAGAAAGGCGAAAAUCAUUGGGCCUGGGAUCCGAAUGAAGAUCAAUGGUAUGGUGUUGUUCCUCGAAGAGGUGGAAAGCCUGAGGAUAUCGUUUGGUUUCGAGCGGAUAAUGGUUUCCACGGCCAUAUAGCAGGGUGCUACGAGAAUGAAGUGGGCCACAUCGUCUACGACCUCACCGUCGCCGAUGGAAAUGUCUUCUUCUUCUUCCCACCCCUGGAUGAGAAAGAAGCACCGCUCGCCAAGCGAAACCAGCUCCGAAGUCCAACGUGCCGCUGGGUAUUUGAUCCAAAAGGCCCGUCUGGAACACGAGUGACGCCCGCAGAAACGUGGAUGACGAAUGGCGAAUUCUCUCGCAUCGACGACCGUUUCGUGACUAAGAAAUACUCACACUUCUGGCAGGCUAAAGUUGAUCCGACCAAGCCGUACGAUUUCGCCAAAUGUGGCUCUCCUGCCGGUGGCUUGUUCAAUUGUCUGGGCCAUUACAGUUGGGACGACAUGACGGAAGAUGUCUUCUUCGCCGGUCCGACCGCGACGUUUCAGGAGCCGACCUUCAUCCCCAAAGAUGGAGGGGGAGAAGGUGAGGGCUAUAUUAUUGCACUGCUGAAUCAUCUGGAUGUGCUACGGAACGAUAUCGUGAUAUUGGAUGCGUUGAACCUGGCCAAGGGACCGCUGGCUGUAAUUCAUCUGCCGUUCAAGUUGAAGUUGGGCUUGCAUGGGAAUUUUGUGGACCAGAGGGAUAUCAUGGAGUGGCAGAAGAGACGGUCAGAGUCGGGCGAUAUAGGGCCUGCUCAGCCAGCAAAGGGGCUUUUGCCCUGGCAGAUACGGCAAAGAGAGAUGGAUUCGUCACAGAAUGGACUUCAUAAUCCAAGCGAGACCGUUUCCAAUGGAAUAAACAGAAAUCAUUGA